UUUGUUCUGAAUAUACAGUAUAUGUCUGGAGGACUGUCAGUGGAACGUUAUCGGUGACGUAAUGACGUAGGCCGAAGCCGGCCCCGCCCAUGACGUCCCGGAUGUUUUCAUGUCUGUUGUUGCAGCUUGUGUUCGGACCGGCGGUGGACAGAAAUGAGUCUAAACCCGUUUUAUUUAUUUUUACGCUGCGGACAGAACAAACUGUGACCCACAUGAGCUGGCCACAAUGUUCAACAUUUAACAACCAGAACCACAAGUCAGACAGAAGCUAACGGAGCUCCACAAGCUGGCGUUAGGUUGGUAAACUUAGCUUUAGCAUCCUGUUCCCCGCUGACAAUUAGUGCCAUUUUAAUGUAUACGGCUUAAAUGUAAACCUACAUACGCGGCACAAUAAAAUAAUUACUUUUUCUAGAAGCAGUGGGGUGUUGUGGUAAAUACGGCAAACAAAUAAUGUUCCAACUGUAAUUUACAAAUCAAAAAUAUGUACUUUUAUAGUUUGCACUUCCAUCUGGUCUAUGUAAGCUUGCAUUAUAUAUUUCAGUGGGUGAACUGAAGAAAAGAAGUACAGUUUUCAACUAGGUUUACAUAAAGUGUUUAUUUUUUGUGAAUUCAAGACUAAACCUAUGUCACAGAAAACCUGCUAAUUGUUCUGAGAGCUCAAACCUCCAGCAGGUUCCAGCUCAACAAUUAGUACUAUUUUAAUUUUUACUGCUUAAAUUUGAACGUACAUCGGCAGUACAAUAAAAUGAUUAAUUUUUUAUGAAGCAUUGGGGUGUUCUGGUAAACUCGGCAUUCUAAUAAUUCACCGACUGUCAUUUACAAAGCUAAAAUAUCUACUUUUAUAAAUAACUUGCAAGCCCAGCCAUCAUUUAUUUUAAAUCCCAUAUUUCUGAAUCGAGUUUGGUAUGUAACCUCCUCAUGUUGCAUGAUCUCCAAACACCAGCCGGAUGGGACUGUGGCGGUAGUUUAGUGUGUUUUUUGUUAGAGGUCGGGUCUGAGUUUGUUCUGUCUUCAGCAUGGUGUCUUCGUUCAAAAUCCCAAAGAAGAAACAUCCAGCAGGCUCUGACUCCGCCCCGCUACAUGCGUCACCACUGUCCCGCCUCCAGAGCUCCGCCCUCGAGAGUUAUGGGGAUCGGUCCAGCAGAGACGGAGCCGACAGGAUGCAUGGUGGGAGCACACACAGCCCAAACAGAGGAGCAUCGGCAGCCAAUCGAACUGGAGCAUCAGCAGCCAAUCACAGUGAAGGCUGGAGCAGACAACCACAGCGUGGACAGAGAGCUUCAUCGUCCUCCGCCUGUUUUUCAAAUGGAUGGCGUCCUAAGAGAGCGUCAGACCGUCUGCUGCAGCCUGACGUGACUUCAGGGUGUCCGUCUCCACCACAGAAGAAGAGAGACUUCACUGGCUCGACGAAUCAAAGCAUCUCUGUGGAGUCACUGGAUUCUCUGGCAGAGCUGAGAGGUGACAAGCAUCCUCGCAGUUUGAGUUCUUCGACACUGGGUGGGAGAACGUGGAGGAGAGUGGACGCUGCUGAGGGAAAGGGUGAGAAGAAGAACUACUCGCCUCCCUCCAGUGCAGACCAGACAUCAGAAGACGACUUUGUGUUUCCGCCUAGAGCCAGAAACAAACCCUCUGUGAUGUCAAAGAGGACACUGCCGAAACCCAAACGGACUGCGACAGAACCCAUUGUGCUGUCGAGUGAAGAGGAGGGUGAAGACGAAGGAGACGGAGGAGACGAAGGAGACGGAGGACAGAGGAAGUCUCGUUGUCGGGUGAAUGUAUCCACUCAGAUACGGGUUUCUUCUUCUGAAGCUGAAGAACAAGAAUACAAUCUGCUGCCGCCUCCUUCCUUCCUGCAGCUGGACUUCGCCUCACUUCACGCCGGCCUCGUGCACGCUGAUGGCAACGGGAAGAUGACUAUCACUGGAAGCGGCAUCACUCUUCCUCUGAGAGGAGCUGACGAGGGGGAGGUCAGCGUGGUGGCGUCGCAGCUUCGGGGUUAUGGUGUGUGGGACGGGGGCGUGGCUCGGGGCGGCGCCCUGCUGGCUGGCUGGAAAGGCCCCGCCCCCUCGCUGAUCUUCCUGUGGGUGACUGACGCUCAGGCCAACCUGCUGCAGAGGGAGCUGACGGCCAUUCAGACCGCCGGCACCGCAGCAGGCCCGCCGUGUUCCCUCCUCCUGCUGGUACUGAAGGAGCAACUGCAGGAGCUCCAGGCCGCCCUGCUGGCCUCCAUCCUGGACAUGGAGGAGUACAGGAGCGGCUUCUCCUCCGGUGGUCCAACCUCCCCUCUGGAGUGGACCGACGGGCUGCUUCUCCUCCACAGCUGUCCUCCUCCUCUGGAUCAGCACCUCCUGGGGCUGCUGGGCCUUCAGCAACAGUCCAAGGUGAAAAAGAAGCAGGAGAACACCAAGUCCGACCAGAACUCGUCUGGUCUGCAGCAGCUUCCCACCAGGUUGAUCCGGUACCCGGCUGCCCCCUCUAAAGGCCGGAUCACUGUGACGAAGGAAGAUCUGGCCCGUCUGGGCAGUGGCGAGUUCCUUAACGAUGUCCUCAUCGACUUCUACCUCAAGUAUCUCCUCCUGGAGGGUGUGGGGGGCGCCGUGGCCCAGAGUAGUUACGUCUUCAGCAGCUUCUUCUACACACAGCUAAGCAGACGGCGAGCCGCCGGAGAGGCCGACGCCCCCUCUGUCCCUGAUCGUCACGUGAGGCAUCGGCGGGUGAAGAGGUGGACCCGCCACGUCGACAUCUUCACCAAAGACUUCCUGUUUGUGCCUGUCAAUCAAGACGCUCACUGGUACCUGCUGGUGGUCUGCUUCCCGGGUCUGGAGGAGGUUCAGUACGAGCCGUUCCACAGUGCGACAGGUGGAUCGCAUCGAGCGGCGGGUCAAAGUUCAUCUUUCAGUCUGAGAUCGCAGCAGCGACCGGAGUGCACUCAGCAGAGCUGGCGGGGCGACACGGUGUUAAAGCGGCCGUGCAUCCUGGUGAUGAACUCACUGAAGCUUUCGGACCACGAGAACGUCUGCAGACUCGUCAGAGACUACCUGCAGGUGGAGUGGGAGGUCCGCAGGGGGACACCGCGUCUCUUCACAUCGGACCGCAUGAGGAGCUCUAACUGCAGAGUCCCUCAGCAGGACAACAGCAGCGACUGUGGCCUGUACCUGCUGCAGUACGCAGAGAGCUUCCUGCAGGACCCUGUGGUGAACUUUGACCUCCCGUUACGGUUGGACCACUGGUUUCCACGGCAGCGUGUGCGGCAGAAGCGCAAGGAGAUACAAACUGUGAUCGUGAGGAUGCACCAGAGUCAGAACAAAGAAACCAAAAAACAAAGCACACCGAGCCAUUAAUAGGGCUACUGCAGGUAAAAUAAUUAUAGUUAUUAUUUUUAUUAUUAAUAUUCAGAGAAAAAAAUCUCAAAUAUUCUCUAACAUUAAAGAAGCAAAUUUUGAAGGAAAAACUCUGACUUUUUUUUCUUGCAAACUUACAACUUUAAUCUAAUAUUUCCCUGUUUUCAUUUCUUAUUUCACUUGAAAUACUCCAUCUUAUAAUUCACCUGUGCAAUAAAUUAUUUAUAUUUUUUCUACGUUGUUAAUUUGACUUUGAUGUCCAGAAGAUGUUUGUUAAAUAAAAGUUUUAAUCAAA